GCUGACAGCCUUCGUUCUCUGCACACCUGAUUUGUAGAUCAGAACUCAGACGAGUUAGUAAAACUGUCUCAGUCUCAGUUAUCGAGAGGAGAAAUGGCGCAGAAAGGAGAUCAGGACCAGGAAACCUUUUCUUGUUCCAUCUGUUUGGAGCUUUUAAAGGAUCCGGUGACUAUUCCCUGUGGACACAGUUACUGUAUGAACUGUAUUAAAACCUACUGGGAUGAAGGAGAGAAGAAAUUCCCCAGCUGUCCUCAGUGUAGAGAGAUAUUUAUCCCGAGGCCUGCGCUGGUUAAAAACACCAUGUUUGCUGCUUUAGUGGAGCAGCUGAAGAAGACGGGAGUCCAAGCUGCUCCUGCUGAUCACUGCUAUGCUGGACCUGAAGACGUGGCCUGUGAUGUCUGCUCUGGGAGGAAACUGAAAGCUGUCAAGUCCUGUUUGGUCUGUCUGGCCUCUUACUGCCAGAAACACCUUCAACCUCAUCGUGAUGCGGCUCCACUAAAGAAACACCAGCUGGUGGAUCCCUCCAAGAACCUGCAGGACAACAUCUGCCCCCUUCACGCUGAGGUGAGGAAGAUGUUCUGUCGUACUGAUCAGAAGUGUAUCUGUUAUCUCUGCUCUGUGGAUGAACAUAAAGGCCAUGACACGGUCUCGGCUGCAGCAGAAAGGAAGGAGAGGCAGAAAGAGAUGGAGGUGAGACGACAACAAAUCCAGCAGCAGAUCCAGGACAGAGAGAAAGAUGUGAAGCUGCUUCAGCGGGAGGUGGAGGCCAUCGAUCAGUCUGCUGAUAAAACAGUGGAGGACAGUGAGGAGAUGUUCACUGAGCUGAUCUCUCUUCUCCAGAAGAGAAGCUCUGAGGUGAAGCAGCAGAUCAGAUCCCAGCAGGAAACUGAAGUGGGGAGAGUCAGAGAGCUGGAGGAGAAGCUGCAGCAGGAGAUCAGGGACCUGAAGAGGAGAGACGCUGAGAUGAAGCAGCUCUCAGACACCGAGGACCACAACCAGUUCCUCCACAGCUGCCAAUCACUGCCACCACUCAGUGAGUCCACACACUCCUCCAGCAUCAGCAUCCGUGCUCUCACACACUCCUCCAGCAUCAGCAUCCGCCCUCUCAGCUACUUUCAGGACGUGACAGCAGCUGUGUCAGAGGUCAGAGGUCGACUACAGGACAUCCUGGGAGAAACGUGGACAAAUGUCUCACUGGCCGUCACUGAUGUGGAUGUUUUACUGCCCAAAGACCCAACGAGCAGAGCUGGAUUCUUGAAGUAUUCAUGUGAAAUCACUCUGGAUCCAAACACAGUACACAAACGGAUGUUACUGUCAGAGCAGAACAGAAAGGUGACUCGGGUGGACCAACCUCAGUCUUAUUCUGAUCAUCCAGACAGAUUCACUGGUCAUUAUUAUCAGGUUCUGAGUAGAGAGAGUCUGACUGGACGUCAUUACUGGGAGGUGGAAACAGCAGGUUUAGUUUUUGUAGCAGUUUCAUACAAGAAUAUCAGCAGAUCAGGGUGGGAAAGUAGAUUUGGAUUUAAUGAUAAAUCUUGGUCACUAGGUUGUUCCUCAGGCAGUUAUGUAUUCAGGUACAACAGCAUCCUAACCUCCGUCUCAGGUCCUUGGAGCUCCAGAAUAGGAGUUUACCUGGAUCACAGAGCAGGAGUUCUGUCCUUCUACAGCGUCUCUGGAACCACGACCCUCCUCCACAGAGUCCAGACCUCCUUCACUCGGCCGCUACACGCUGGAGUCUGGAUUUACUCCGGUACUGGAGCCUCAGCUGAGUUCUGUAAACUCAAAUAAGUCAUGAAGAUAAACGAGUUUCCUCUUCAUGUUUUUAUUGAUUUUAUUUUCUUCUCAGAGACGAUCGUCUCAAACUCUGAUGGAUGGAGGGACGUUUUUGUUCUAUAAGUUGAUGUUUUGUUGUUAUUUCCUCUUUCGGAGGUGGAAGUUGUUCUUGUGUAGUUUCACCUGGGAAAUAUGAAGAAUAUUAACAUCUUCUAUUUCAUUAUAAAAACAUAGAAAUAAGCCUGUGUUGUAAUUGAUGUUAACUGUUAGUUUGGAUGUGUUUCUAUGUUGUAUUUCUCUUUUCUUCCUCUUCAUGGACUCCAACAGACGAGCCACCAGACCUUCUUCAUCUCUGAUAUCACGUCUGCAUUCUUCAUUAGCAAACCAAAGGUUCCUGUUUUCUAAAGAUAAAACUAUUUUCCAGCCAUGAGAACAAAGUAAAUGAUUCCAGAGAUGUUAGUGACAGCAGCAACGCAGCAAACGGUUGAGUGAAGCCUGUAGUUGGUGUGAGAGUGUUGGGGCCGGUAGUCGUCGCUGCAGCUGCAGGACCAGACUAGAUCUGCACAUCAGGGGUGUGCAAACAAGGGAACCUCACGAUUCCAUUCGAUUUCGAUUAUUGGAGCUUCCAUUCUUCGAUUCUUCGAUUAUAACGAUUGUCGAUUCGAUUUGAUUAUUGGUGCCACGAUUCUUGGAUUAUUGUGAUUUUUAAUGCUUUUUUUCCAUCCAAGAUUGAUUUUGUCUUCAUCUGUGGCUACAUUUGUAAAUAAAUAUCCAAUCAAUGAACUCAGUUCCUCUAACAACACUCAUUAAGUAAAUAACAAGGUUUUUUGAACAUUUGACAUGUAUUUUAUUUUAUGACUAUGUAAACAUUGUCUCUUUGACUUCCUUAACUUUGACCAGGGAAAGCUGCACUUGCAUGAGAGCGCCCUCUAUUGGUGGAAAACACUGAAAACGGUCAAGCCCUGGAUUUAAUGAGUUCAUUAAUUCAAGUGUAUAUGAUAUGUACUUCCAUCAAAUGUAUUUAGUGUAAACAUAUCUGCCAUAUUUCAAGUGAACAAUAAGAAAUGUGCAUUCUUGAAAAUGAAAUGAUUCAGCAGCUUAUUCAGUCUGGAAUCUGGAUAGGAUAACUUAAAAAAAAAAUGCAAAUUUUUUUUUUUUUUUAAUUAAUCGAUUCCAAAUCGUCACGCGAUGCAUCGACACAUCGAUGAAUUGCACCCACCUCUACUGCACAUCACAUGUUGGUGAUGUCCAAAUCUGUUGACCAUGUUUCAUGUUUAAAAAUCGGGUUAUUUAGUGAGAAAUAAAACUUCUGAU